AUGAUCAUUUACGACGGUCCCUUCUGGGGUUCCUUAGGCGUGCUGGGCAGCACGUUCACGCUGGCAUACCUCCAAGCGGAGAAAGCACAGUUCCUCGUCGACACCGGAGUGCUGGUGGUCUCCAAGGACACCGAGUUCCAGAUACGCACCGCCCACAAGCUUUUCUGGUCGCUGUACGCAUUCGUCGGGUUUGUCAGGUCGCUCAGAUCGCUCCACGCAACCGCGUUGGCUCUGAAAUCGCCUCAGCGGACCAAGUGCGCUCCGGCGCGGUACCGGCAAGCGGCGCUGACCACCACCAAGCUGCUUCUUGAUACAGUGCAUGCUGUGAGCUGGCUACCUCCUGGCUGGCUGUGGGGCAGCCGGCUGUCCGUCCCACAAGCUAGUGGGAUCGCCACGACGGCGGCGGUGCUAGGGCUUGUCAUACAUUUUAAUGGGAAGCGGCUGGUGUCUUCGCGGUAGAUUCUUUUUAUAAGCAACAUGACCGCGUUUAAAAGUUUAAAGAAGACCCAUUCAUUUGCCUGUAGGCUUAGUUAUUUAUUUCAAUUUUGGAUUCUAGAUUGGUCUUUAUUAGAGAGCGCUCUUUUCAAUAUUCAUGGGCACAUUAUCACAAGUUGAAAAUCAAUAAAUGUAUUAAGAAG